AUGGCCGAUACAGGUCAACAGCGAACCGUCCCCGCGGCCUUUGCACCACCGCCGCCCCUGUGGAAACACUUUACCCGCGACAAUCUCGACAAGUUGGAGCGGAUCAAAACCGAGGCAUCGAAGGGGGAAGAUGGCCAACCACGCCCACACAAAGAAUGGACACCAUCAGAACUGCGCGCUCUGGACCUGCCGACUGAGCUACGGAUGCUUGUGCCCCCUGCGAUUCCAACGGAGCAGUACAGUGUUUUUGGCGAAUUGCAAAGCAUGUCGACUGUUCUCCCUUCCCUAAAAGACCAGGGAAUCGACCAGCUCUACCCCGAGCCUGCAGCCGAAGACACCGGAGACCCGUCGAAACCCGUGGCCCCGCUCAACCACGCAUACUAUCUGCUGAAGAUCAGCAAGUCGCUGCUGCUCAAUUUCCUCGAGUUCGUCGGCAUUCUCUCCGGGUCGCCCGAGCAGUUCGAGGCCAAGGUGGAGGAUCUGCGCAACUUGUUCAUCAACGCCCACCACUUGCUGAACCUAUACCGGCCGCACCAGGCGCGCGAGUCGCUUAUUAUGAUGAUGGAGGAGCAGCUGGACCGCACCCGCGAUGAAAUCCGGCAGAUGGACAAGGCUCAGGCGGAGAUUGAGGCUGCCCUCAACCAGUUGCAGGUCGAAGGCCGUCAGACUGGCUCAGCGCAGCAAGCUGCUGAGGAAGCAGGGGUUUCCAAGACGCAAAAUUCUCGUGCAGUUGAUGACUCGCGUUUGAUUUGGGAUCUUUUGGAUAAAGAGAACUGA